AUGUGCAGAGACAGUGAUGUGAUCUCUGCGGGAAUUCCUGAUGUUGAAAGGUUAAUAACAGACAGCAUUCUGACGCUUCUGAUUUUUCCAGUACUUCUUCCUUCUCUAAGGAUAGUGGCUGCUAAUCAUGUUGACCAGGAUAUACAAAGUGAUGUUGUCACUCCUCUCUACUUACUUUGUUGCAUCUUGAGGAUAGUCAAGAUCAAAGAUUUGGCAAAUACAAUAGUUGCUGCACUUUAUUACCCCUUAGAGUCCCUUACAAAAUGUUUUGGGGGUAAAGUCAAUGGAAUGGUACCUGAUAAUGGUUUUACUUCUGAAGGCGACGGGAUAGAUAAUAAUAAUAAUAAUCUUACCAAGAAUAAUAAAAAAGGCUUGGUAGUCAAUGUUCCAUGCUCACCUAGUUCUUCAGGUUUUCAUCCACAGAGUAUCACCAUGCUAAAUAAUGGUAGCAGUUCGAAUGUCGCUUUGAGGUACUUAGCUGGUCAGUUAACAAAAGUUCAAAUAGUUAAUGAGGUUAGUAAGGAUUUUGUUAUUGAGGCACUGAGAUCAAUUGCGGAGUUGAUAACAUAUGGUGACCAACACGACCCAAGCUUUUUUUGA